UUUCAAUUGUAUCAGGUGUACGAAGUGGAUUUUGUUAUUCUUUGCAUUGGAAAGUACAGUGAUCUACCAAACAUUCCUGAUUUUCCAAUCAACAGAGGGCCAGAUAUCUUUGAUGGGAAGGUCAUACACUCCAUGGAUUAUGCUGCCAUGGGUGGUGAUCUAGCCUCUGAAUUCAUCAAAGAAAAACGAGUCACUGUUGUUGGGCUUCAGAAAUCUGCAGUGGAUGUUGCUGCAGAAGUGGCUACAAGAAAUGGGGAAGGACACCCCUGCACUUUGCUAUUUAGGAGGGUCCACUGGCUGGUUCCUGAGCACUUUAAUACAGUAUCCUUUCAAAACCUCAAUCGCUUCUCUGAGUUGAUGGUCCAUAGACCCAGUGAAGGAUUUUUCCUCUGGCUCUUAGCAUUUCUGCUUUCCCCUUUGUUCUGGAUGUUUACAAAAUUGGUGGAGAUAUAUCUCAAAUGGACAUACCCUUUGAAGAAAUACAACAUGGUCCCAGAACAUCCCUUCCUCAAACAGAUAGUUUCGUGUAUGUCCAUGGUUAUCCCGGCUAAUUUCUACGACAGAGUAAGAGAAGGAAGCCUCAUCCUAAAGAAAGCACAGAGCUUCAGCUUCUGCAGAAAUGGAUUGGUUCUAGAUGGCGAGGCUGCAGUACUAGAAACAGACAUUGUCAUCUUUGCAACUGGAUACAAAAGUGAUGAAAAGCUCAGCAACAUUUUCACUUCAACUUUCUUCAAAAAUUGCAUUACUGGAUCCUCAGCUCCUUUCUACAGGGAGUGCAUUCAUCCAAGGAUUCCCCAACUAGCAAUACUUGGAUACUCAGAAAGCCCGUCUGUCUUAUACACCAUGGAAGUGAAAAGCAUGUGGUUGGCACAUUUUUUAGCUGGGAAUUUCAAGUUACCACCCGUAAAGGAGAUGGAAGACGAUGUAAUGAAAUGGGAAAAAUGCAAUGAGCGAUAUGCUGGUGAUGGCUACAAGCGAUCCUGUGUCAGUGUGUUGCUACAAAUACAUGUAAAUGAUCAGCUGUGCAGGGAUAUGGGAUGCAACCCCAGAAGGAAGAGAUGGUUUCUGCCUGAGAUGUUUGCUGCUUAUGGUCCUACGGAUUAUGCAAAUUUAACUUGGCCUGGUUAGCUAAUUAGUAAUAGGUGGAGGGUGAUGUCAAGAGGUGUUAACUAGUAAUGGUAAGAGGGUGAUCUUGGGAGGAAUUUGAUGAUCCCCUUGGUGUAAUUCCUUUUGCAUUGCUGAAUAAUAUAGGCCUUGUUUGACUCAAUUUCUUAGAAACCAAAAACUCUUUUUUUAAGCUAAGUAUGAACUUCUAUACCUAUUCGGCUAA